AUGUCCACCCCCACCGAUGCCGCCCCCUUGAUACACAUCUACCCUCCCUCCAAAAACGGGGGCACGGACGAUGUCCACCCCUCAACAACCCUCUUCUCCCGUCUCCUCGGCACGAAUGAGUUACUUCUCCUUGAGCUCCAGGCCACCAUCGAAGGCAUGGACCCAGACACGAUCAUGGGCGGCCUCUCCUACGACGAACAAUCCAAAACAGCAUACCUCACAGUCGGAUACCAACGUCUCACAGGAAAAGUCGUCGACCUAAAAUCCCCAUUUGCCGUACUUCGAAAACGAGAGGGUGGAGAGUUAUCGAUGGAGGACGCGGAAGGGAGAGCAGCGGAUUGGCAGAGGGGUGAUGUGGAGAUGGAUGUGGUGGAGAUUAUUAGGAAGAAGGUGGUGUUUAAUCAGAGGCCGGAACCGAUUAGUCGGUUGGUUGAGAUGUGA